AUCCAGCACAAUCCAUCCGCAGAUUAUCUGCAGAAAUUAUUCUAUUUUUUUUUUUUAAAAAAAAGUGCAGCUAAUAUGGCUGUGUCUUGUGCACUUAGCAUGAACGUUGGAGUUUUACCAAGAGAACUUCUUUCACCUUUUCCACAAGCUCUGACUUCAACCUCAUUGAAAAGAAGGGGAACUCAUUUCACAGUUUCAGCAAAAUUAGGAGGAGGAGAGGAUGAUGUAAAGAAAGAUGAGAAGAAGAAAUUCAUUACUAAAGAACAAGAACCUGAACAGUAUUGGCAAUCAGCAGGAGAAAAAGCAGGGGAGAACCCUAUGAUGACACCACUUCCCUACAUAAUCAUAUUUGGAAUGUCAACACCUUUUGUGAUCUUGGCAAUUGCUUUUGCAAACGGUUGGAUAAAGGUUCCAAUAAGAUGAUUAAAUUCUGAAAUGAAACAAGAAGCUUUUUGGAUGUCUCAUUCUGACCUUUUGUCUACAUUUGAGUUUUCUAAUGUAUAAGAGUAUCUCAUUUCUAUACACAUUCUUUUUGUUUGGUGAAGAUAUAGAAUUUUAUGUUUAUUGCACUUUUUAUUU